AUGGCCGACUGGUUGCCGAACACGUGGAGAUUCAUCGGGGGGUCACCAACGGCUUCGUACCAAACUAUAACCGAUGCUCGUUCCAAUAUGUCUCACGACAGACAACUUUGUUUUGGGUUCUAUCUUAUGACCCUUCAUGGUUGGCGUCCCCCGCUGGCGAACUCCCUUCAUCUUCGUAUGGGCUUCCUUGCUGUCCACCAUGAGGAUGACGGGAGUCAUCUCAGUGCACUAUACCGGCAGCUGAUCAACCAUUGCUCCUUCGACGAGUUCUGCGCUGCCUACAUAUCAGGUGCACUUCCGUCCCUCUUCGCUGAACACGGCAUCGUCCUCGACGACCCAUUCGUCCUAGACCUACUGGCCAGUAGUGUCUCCAACAAGUCGGUAUGGAGCCUGAAACUAUAUGUCAUCCAACCCAAAUCCGCCAAUGCUCGACUGAUACCCUCCGUCGCGGCGGACUACGGUUUCAUGUACUGCCAGAAUGAAAAAGACAUGGAGGACCUCAAGCAGGUGUACAAACAGGUCCUCCUGCGCCCCGGAGCGGACCCGCUCGCGCUGCAUCAGGCCGCGAUACAGGGCAAGAUAUUCGAGCACGUACGGCGGUUGGUGACGCUGAAACCGAAGGAACGAUUCGCCCGUCUUAUGUGGAACAUCUACUCUUCGAAGUGA